CUCAGCGCCCCCUGCUGACCCGGAGGAUUGGAGGCGGUCCCGUACAGUCGGAUUUAGGAGCUCAGCUCGACAACAACUCACACAAACUCCGGAUUUAUCACUUUAUACAGUAUUAUUUCAUUUUUCCGCUGGAUUUAAUUCAACACCAGGCGCUGUUUAUUUGAUCGGCUGAGAAGAGAGAGCUGAACACUGAGAGAAAGAAAGAGACUGUAAAUACUGUUAUAAUUACUAUAAAUACUAUUUAAAUUACUGUUAUAAUUAUAAUUAAACACUGUAAAUGGGGAACAGUGCUCUAAAAGCUCAUUUGGAGACUUCUCAGAAAACUGGAGUCUUUCAGCUGACUGGUAAAGGCCUGCAGGAGUUCCCAGAGGAGCUUCAGAGACUGACUGGAAACCUGCGGACGGUCGAUCUGUCCAACAACAAGAUCGAGGUGCUGCCGGCGUUCAUCGGGAGCUUCCAGCAGCUGAAGAGCCUCACCAUCGCCAGCAACAAGCUCACCAGUCUGCCGAAUGAUAUCGGGAAGCUGAAGAAGCUGGAGACUCUGGUGUUGAAUGGAAAUCAGCUCCAGCAGCUUCCCGCCGCUGUGGGUCAGCUGAAAGCCCUGCGGACCCUCAGCCUCUCGGGGAACCAGUUCCGGGAGUUCCCCGGGGGUCUCGGCACCCUGCGGCAGCUGGACAUGCUGGACCUUUCCAAGAACCACAUCCAGGCCGUGCCGGCGGGGGUGGCCGAACUGCAGGCCAUUGAAAUCAACCUCAACCAGAAUCAGAUUUCAGCUCUGUCUCCGGAAGUGUCCCGCUGUCCCCGGCUGAAGGUGCUGAGACUGGAGGAGAACUGCCUGGAGCUUCCCUCCAUCCCCUCCUCCAUCCUCACCAGCUCCAGCGUCUCGCUGCUGUCUGUGGAGGGGAACCUGUUCGAGGUGAAGAAGCUGCGGGACCUGGAGGGCUAUGAGAAGUAUAUGGAGCGCUUCACUGCAACAAAGAAGAAGUUCACCUGAGUGUUGUAGCGCUGCCCCCUGGUGUCGGCCGGCUGCAUUGCGCUGCAUUGGGCAGAGUGUGUGUGUGUGUGUGUGUGUGUGUGUGUGUGUGUAAGGGGCUGGGUGAGGAGCGCCACACGGAGGAGAUGCUGUAACCUGCUAUAAUGCAUGCUCAGACGACAACACAGGGUCUUCUGCUGCCCCGCCCACUUCAGAUACCGCGCAGGAUCACCUGAGUGACAUCACAAACACACACACCACACACCUGUAUCUUUCUCAUUUACAUACGGACGGAAUAUAACCACGGAGAGCUCUAUGCAUUUACACCACCUGAUAGGCUGCUGUAUCUCCCUGCACACACAGUGUGUGUGUUAACUCUGUACACACACUUUAUAAACUAACCUUUAAAAAUAAUAUAUACUAUAAAAAUGACAUGCUUAAAUUUCUUUAUUAGGCUUUUAAACAUAUAUAUAUAUAUCUAUAAAUCUAUAAAUAUACACAGUACUGUGGUGCAGAAGUCUUAGACAGACGUUUUGUAUAAAGGAGUUGUUUAAAAGGCGCGUAUCAAACACAUGAAGGAAAUGAUUGAUUAUUAGAAAUAUUAUUGAUCACAGGCAGACAGUGCUGCAUUUUUCUUUAUUCGUAUUCUUUCUUAUUAUGAUUUCUUUAUUUCUCUACUUUUGUCUUUUAUAUCUUGAUUCGAUUUGUUUCUAUUUCCUUUUCCAGUGGGAGAUGAUGUUUUAGUAUAACUCAGACCGAAUGUGAACGGAUUUUAACAUGAAUAUUUAUUUAUUUUUGUAAUAAAUCGUAAAUCUGUACUUGAACCGAGUAAACGUGUCAUAAUGCUCUUAAGCUAGAGAUAUACUUGCUGUUUAAUGCAUGUUUGCAUACGCAUGAUUGCUGCCUUGCGUAUCCUGCAUCCGUUUGGUGCUAUAAUUUAUCUCGUCCUUAGAAAAUUAACAUGACAAAUCGUAUGUAAGGGCGUAAUACAGGUGUAAUAAUGGUAGAGGGCAGUGCAGGCACUCAGCAUCUUCAACAUUUCAGAACUAAAGAUGGAAAGAUCGAUUAGCUUUGUAUCAUUUUUGGCUAUUUCUUUCACAAAAUAUUCAAAAAAUCUGAUUUGAUUGUGAAUUAUAGGAUUACAGCAGCUUUGUGUGUGGCUCAUUCUUGGUGUUGAUAUAUCACAAAGCUGCAGUUCCUCAUUCAACCCCUAGGUGAAAUUUCGUAGCUGGAGUACGACUGCAGACACUUUUUUUUUACUUAGCAGCUAGUUGUACAAGGCCAAUAAUGUAUGCAUAGAAUGUGUAAGACUAACCUGGUUUGUGGAGGAAAGAGAGAGAAUAUUUUAACCCCAUUGACAAGAUACCCCUCUUCAGAGUGCAUCAUUCGGCCCAUACAAACUAAACUAAACCAUACAAAACCCGGCAAACGCUACAGAUUAACCACAUUUAACCACCACUAAAGUAAAGUAGCUGCAGAGUAGAGCUAACAAACACCACUAACCAUACCAAAUGUACCACAUUUAACCACCACUAGAGUAUAGUAGCAGCAGAGUAGAGCUAACAAACACCACUAACCAUACAAAACCUAACAAAUUCUACAGAUUAAACACAUUUAUCCACCACUAGAGUAUAGUAGCAGCAGAGUAGAGCUAACAAACACCACUAACCAUACCAAAUUUACCACAUUUAACCACCACUAGAGUAUAGUAGCAGCAGAGCAGAGUAUAGUAGAGCUAACAAACACCACUAACCAUACAAAUCCUUGCAAAUGCUACAGAUUAACCACAGUUUUAGUGUUUUAACGUAAAAUUAUAAAAAAUACUGAACUAACCUGCUCCACCCCCCUAAAAAGCUCUACUAUUAUUUUAAAAAUUGAUGUAGAAUCCAUGCUUCGUGUUCUCUGGUCUGCCCUCUAGUGGUAGCGUUGAGUAACAGGCACAUCACUUAGGCAUUAUAGGCUGAACAGCAAGUAUAUCUCUAGUCGUAAAGAGUUAUAACGCUCUCAGAACGCUUCACCAGACUUUAUAACAAGAGCAGAACUCUACGUGUUGGGUUAGUUGCAAUGUGUUUGAUAGUUAAGAGUGAAUUCUUGAAUUCUAUGCAGUUGUUUUGGGAUGAAGGCUGCAGUUCUGCUGUUCUGCAUCAGUUUGAGAUAUUUGAGCAUUACUGAGUUUAAUGGCCUUUAAUUCAGUGCAAACCAGCAAAUGAAGCACAGCUUGUAUCAUAACGCCGCUGUCUGAGUGAGCAGAACCGUCUAACAGUGUCCAUCGUGGCUUUUUCUACACUUAUUUAUUUAUGCUACGCUAGUUUGAAGGGGUGUAAUGAUACCAGGCUUUAAUAUUCGUUUACACCUGCAGAAUUAUAUCUGGAUAAGAUCAAACCCAAUACAAAACACACCCAAUACACUUUCAGGAAGGAGGUUGUCUGAGACGCAUUUAAAACGGGUACAAAUUUUAUCACUCAAACCACUUUUACAAGAUGGUCUGAGAUGCAUUUAAAACAAAUCCAGUCACUCAAACCACUUCAGGAAGGAGGUUGUCUGAGACACUUUUGUAAACAGAUAAAAGAAAAAACUCAUACCGCUUUAGAAGAUGGUCUGAGAUGCAUCCUGACGUUAUUUAAGAAUUGGAUUUGUAUCUGUUUUAAUCUAAUCCUUAAAUAACUCCAGGAGUUUGUCUGAGACACACUUUAAAACAAAUACAAAUCUGAACACUCAAACCACUUCAGGAAGGAGGUUGUCUGAGACACUUUUGUAAACAGAUAAAAGAAAAAACUCAUACCGCUUUAGAAGAUGGUCUGAGAUGCAUUUAAAACAGAUACAAAUCUAAUUCUCAAACCACUUCAGGAAGGAGGUUGUCUAAGACACACUUUAAACAGAUACAAAUCUAAACACUCAGAUCACUUCAGAAGAUGAAGAGACGAAGCCAAAACAGAUACAAAUUCACUAAUUUUAUCCGAAUUCAGAAGGUGGUCUGAAAUCUGAUCAGUUAAACCAGUUCAGAAGAUGGUUUGAGAUGUGGGUGGUUUGCUGAGGGUGGGUUUGCAUAUUUUGUCCAACAAAGCAACCAGAUUUCGGUCUGACUAACUGGAGACACAUUUGAAUACCAAGUGUAAAUACAUAAAUUUAAAAUCUUUAUCAGAAUAAAAUCCAGAUACCAGGUGUAAGUGGGAUCUAAAAUUUGCUAAAAUGUCUGAAACUACAAUAAAUAUAAGAUUUUUUAAAUAUAAAAUUAUUUUGGUCCAUGUAAUUUAGAGGCAUUUCUAUUGGUCCAUACAAAAGUGUGGAGAAAGUUUGUGUUCAGAUGUUGCAGAAAAUUUUAAAUCUAAAUUUGAUACUGAACGAUGAUUAUCAAGAGAAUUAUCACAGAAUUGUUAAGUUCUUUAGAGUGGGUGUGUCCAUAGCACAAGUCCCGCCCACUCCAUUUACAUUUUUUUUUCCUUCUGUAGACGGACUAACUUUACAACAGGCCUCUAAAGUUGUGUUUUUAACUCUUAUCUGCUUUAAAAAAACCUUCAUAUUAUUUAAUAUUAAUAUUAUUUAGAUAUUCAGUCUACGAAUUUCGAUCUGAGCCUGGAAAUCGUUACACACCUUUAUUAUUAGUUUAUUGUUUUUAUUAAUCCUGUGCUGUUAUUUCUGUCUCUGCUGAUACUUGAUGUUUUUGGACAUUACUGUUAAAGAUUGUGAUCAGGAGUUCGGGCUGAACCCCGGUGGACAGAGUACCAGUAUUGUGAUUAUAUUAUAUUGAUAUACAUUCGAUAUGACUUGUAUUGUAUUAAAACACAAACUGAUUGAUGCAGAAUAAAGACUGUUUGCAUUGUUUUAACUAAAA